AUGGACGGUGUUACCAAAUUUGGAACCCUUCUCCUCCUCCUCCUCCUCCUCCUCCUCCUCUCAGCCCGUACUCCCGGCGGAGGCAGUGCAAUCCCGUAUGUCAAGACCAAUGUUCUUCAGACACACCUAAUGAGCCGCGUGUGCUCAUUACGUGCGAAGGUCGGGCUGUCGACCUUUGUAUUAGAUUACUCACCGCAGGAGCAGCCCGGCUGGGAAAUUGCGGACAUCGCCUUGCACAGUAGCGUGUUGAAGUUGGGACCGGCCAUGUCGGGCAGGAUCUCAGUGACCAUGAACGCAGAGCCAGGAGUCAUGGCGGAACUUGGUAGGGACCCGCGCGUCGUCAGGAAGAAGUGGAACUACAAGAAGCGCGCGCUCGCAGACGAAUUCAUUCAGCACCCUCCUAUACUGUGGGCGCUACAGAUAACGGAAAACGCGCUGUUCGACGAUGGGCAUCUCGGCAAGCAUGGCGUCGGUCAGUACAUGUCUCACGUGCCGCGAUACUACGGUACAGAUUCCUUUUCAGAGAACAUUAUCUGCGGUGAAAUGUCCGGGCGCAAGGGCUAUGAGCGUCGUACUGCAGCCUCAGGCGGCACUGAGCGGGGCAUUGUCACUGCUCGCUGCGGCAGGAAUUGUAUGACCGACUGUGUCAUGGGUUCAGUCGUCCUCCAGUGGUGGAGGCUGCAAUGGUCUGCAUUGCCAUGA